AUGACCCCCAGCCCAUGGGGCCUUAUAUGUGGCCUCCUACUGCUGUUGCUGCUGCCGUCCCUGGGGGCUGGCCCUGUCCUGGGCAGGAGCCUUCCUAGGGCCCUUGAGGACUCACAAACCCACCUGAUCCCAGGAGCCCACCCCAAUGGCCCUGUGGGGUCAGAGCCCCAUGACUUUGACUUCCUCUGGGAGAGCCCUAGAGAUGAGAACCCCAGGAACUCUGCUGUCUCCCAGGCCCCUGCUGAAGAGACGCCUCAGAGGCCUGUAGACUUUCUCCUUGGCCCAGCCCUGCAUGGGCCCAGAGCAGCCCAUUGGACUCAGAGAGAACGACUCCCAGUAACUGAUGACCUCCAAAUGGCUCGAGAGCCAAAUUCCCAGGGCUGGACAGGACCUCCUGACUCUCAGGAGCCUCUGGAGCAAGAAGCACUGGCCCCCCACCCUGUGGGGUUCCCCCACCUCACUUUCAAUUCCACAGCUCCCAGACUUCAACUCAGGGUAGCUACAGUUCCUCCCUCCCCACAGGAGCCUAGGGGUCAAGCAGCACAGCGACCACAAAGAGAUGAUGGUCUGAAGGCCAAAGCCAAGUCCGAGAUCUCACAGACUUCUCCUUUGGACCACCAGCACCCUGCCCACACUCUUGUGCCCCACUCAGGCACCAUCAAAAGGCCAAUGCUGGAAGAACAGGGUGGGGAUAAGGAGGACUUCCAGGAGGCAGCUCAAGGCCCCCUCUUCACCCAAAAAGAUCCAGCAGCUCCUGAUAUUGCUUCAGUAUCCCCAGUUGAGGUGGCAUCCUCUCAGGAGCCUGGGGCCCAGCCAGACUUGGCAUUGGCCAGAAGCCUUCCUCCUGCUGAGGAGCUGCCAGUUGAGCCCCCCGAGAAGACUGGAGCUGGAGAGACCUGGGAAGUCAGCUCCCCAGGUCCCCCGGCCAAGCAAGCUGACCUCUCCGAUGUUAAGGGUUCACCAGGACCCCAACCCUCAGGUCCUCCAGCCUCAGAGGCUCCUGAUGGGCAGCCCAAGCCAGAGAUAGCAGCAAUGAAUGGGGCAGACCCUAUCUCCCCCCAGCGGGUAAGAGGAGCACUGGAGACCCCAGGUACCCCCAAGUCCCUCAUCCCUGGUCCCUCGGACUCUGGCCCAUCUACAAACCAAACAGAAAGCCCUGUGGGGACCCUGCAGCCAGAUGAUGCCGAGGAGUGGCCCGGGCGCCCCCAAAGCCAUCCCCCAGCACCCCCAGUCCAGGCCCCCUCGACGUCACGCCGGGGCCUCAUUCGAGUCACUACGCAGCGAGCCCUGGGCCAGCCUCCCCCUCCGGAGCCCUCAGCCAGCUCCAUGGCUUCAGCCCCAGCCUCCAGCCCCCCAGCCAACGCGACCGCACCUCCCCUGCGCUGGGGGCCCCUGCGGCGGGUGCUGAGCUUUUCCUGGGAGCUGCACGUCUACGGGGUGGGGGUGCUUUUCCUGUUGCCUGCGUUGUUGGCACUGGCCACGCUGGCAGCCGUCCCUGCGGGGCCCCGGCUAGCACUGGUGGCCGCAGUGCUGGUGCUCGUGGCUUCGGGGCUGCGAUCUGCCUACAUGCUCACCGACCCUUACGGUUCGCAGGCGCGCCUUGGCGUCCGCGCCGGCCUGGUGCUGUACAAUCUGCCCUUCCCCUUGCUGCUCACGGCUCUGGCCGCCCUAAGCCUGCUAGGCCUGGGCGCGGGGCUGCCACAGCAGCUGCAGAACCCUCUCCUGCUGGGAGCUUUGGCGUUGGCGCACUGCGUGGGGCUGCUCGCUACAGACCUGCUGUCGGUGAAGCCUGUGCUCAACCUCCUGGCUCAGGGCUUAUCGUGCGCCUGGGGCGCUGCCGUGGCUCUGGGCACGCUCUGCCUGUGCCGCCGCCGCCUGCUGGACGGGCCGCGCGGCUGGGAUACCAGCCCGGGCCCACGGCUGCUGGCCGUGGCGGGCGCGCUGGGGCUAUUGGCCAGCGGCUUGCAGCUGGCGGCUGCGCUCUGGCUGUACCCGGGCCCAGACCGGGUGGGCCGCUUCUCGUGGGCCUGGUGGGGCGUCCACUUCUGGCUGCGCCUGCUGGAACUGACAUGGGCACUCGCCUUGGCGCUGGCCGCUGUGGCCGCCGCGCGACCCAGGGCGCCCACGGAGCACGCUUGCUGGGCUAAGCUGCUGCGCCUGGCAUGCCCCGCGCCGUCUGGUAAGAGCGAGGUGCCCGAGCGACCCAAUAACUGCUGCGCGGGGCCCAGUGGCGUCGGCGCAGGCAGCUUGGACAUCAGCAAGAGCCUCAUCCGCAACUCGGCGGAGGGCGGGCCGCCCGCCACUCCCAGUUCAGGCGCCUGGGGCUCGGCUGCGUCCCUGGGUCGCGGUGCCCAGGGAGGCCCGGGACCGUCCCGCAGCAGCGUGGGGCCGGCGCCGUCGCUAAGCGAGCUGGAUCUGCGGCCGCCAUCGCCCAUCAACCUGAGCCGCAGCAUCGACGCCGCGCUCUUCCGAGAGCACUUGGUGCGAGACAGCAUCUUCCGGCGCUGCGGCCUGCGCGGCCUGACCUCCCCGCCGCCUGGGGGCACCCUGCGGCCGCGCCGGGGCAGCCACCCCGAUGGCGAGCUCGACGGCGCCGGCUCUUCCCUCUUCCGUGGCCGGUGCCGGUCGCUCACCGACGUGCGCGUGCGCGGCCCGGUCCCAUCGCACGUGGUGGACGAGCCCGACUCUGCGGCCGCGGCGGCUUCUGGCAGCUCCCUAGACAGCUUCUCCAGGGGCUCGCUCAAGAUCAGUUGGAACCCUUGGCGCCAUGGGCUGUCGUCGGUGGACAGUCUGCCCUUAGAUGAGCUGCCCAGCACGGUGCAACUGCUGCCUGCCCCGACCCCAGCCCCUGCCCAAGCUCGGCCCGGGGAGCCCCAGGGUGAGGUCCAGCCGCGCUGCAAGCCAGGGGACUCCCGUAGCGCCUCCAGUGAUACCAUCGAGCUCUGA